AGAGGAUGAAGGCUUUGUUCGAUGAAGGCAAAUCUGAAGCAGCUUUGUUCUAUGGUCUGAGAGAAAGAGGAUGAAGGCUUCGAGUUUGAUCGGGGCUUGUGGCUUCACUGUCGAGUUUGAUCGGGGCUUGGUUUUCUGGCUUGUGGCUUCAAUGUCUGUGAAGGCUUCGAGUUCAAUCGAUGGAGAGGCUAGAGAGGCAGAGAGAGGCGAGAGUCUGGGAGCCAGCGAGGCUUCGGCUGAAGAAGAAGUGUUCUUACUUUGGGGGUCUUGCUGGCUGACGAAGAGGAGGUGGAAA